UUGACUUCCUGAAUGUCUGAGCUUCACUGUACCCUCCUCCACUUCCCCCUCUGACCUCCACUCCCUCUUCAGCUCAGCUUCUCUCUUUCUGAGCUCACUCUGUCGUUGGCGUUCGCGUUGACUGGCCAGAGUCCGCGAGCUGAACACCCUCUUCUUUAUUUGAUCCACUACCUUCCUCUCCCUCUCUCUCUAUCCAUCUCUUCAGCUACUUACCCAUUCAUCUCUGUCCUGCCCUCAGGCCCACCAGCUGCUGGUUCCUUGCCUCAUUUCCUGGUCUGUUUCUAGCAUCUGAUUGGCCAUGGCGUAUCAUAGUUUCCUGCUGGAACCAAUUAGCUGCCAUGCCUGGAACAAAGAUCAAACCCAGAUUGCCCUCUGCCCCAACAACCAUGAUGUCCACAUCUACAAGAAAGAUGGAACCAAGUGGACCAAGACUCAUGAGCUGAAGGAGCACAAUGGGCAGGUGACAGGUAUUGACUGGGCUCCAGACAGUAACCGUAUUGUUACUUGCGGCGCAGACCGUAACGCUUAUGUGUGGACCCUCAAAGAGGGUGCAUGGAAGCCCACCCUGGUCAUCCUCAGGAUCAAUCGCGCUGCUCGCUGUGUGAAAUGGUCUCCUAAAGAGAACAAGUUUGCUGUUGGCAGCGGUUCACGUCUCAUCUCCAUCUGCUACUUUGAGCAGGAAAAUGAUUGGUGGGUAUGUAAGCACAUCAAGAAACCAAUCCGUUCCACCAUCCUCAGUCUGGACUGGCAUCCCAAUAAUGUCCUGCUGGCUGCUGGAUCCUGUGACUUCAAAUGCAGAGUGUUUUCGGCCUACAUUAAAGAGGUGGAGGAAAAGCCGGGCCCCACUCCCUGGGGCAGCAAAAUGCCUUUUGGGGAGAUGAUGUUUGAGUCUGGAGGGUCCGGAGCUGCAGCUCAGACUUCAGGAGGAGGCGGCGGUUGGGUGCACAGUGUGUGCUUCUCACACUCCGGGAACCGUCUGGCCUGGACCUCCCAUGAUUCCACUGUGUCUGUCGCAGAGGGAGGCAAGACCACCACGGUGAGCAGCCUGAGCUCUGAGACGCUUCCUCUGCUGUGUGUCACCUUCAUUACUGAGAACAGCUUAGUAGCAGCUGGCCAUGACUGUUACCCAGUGCUGUUUGUGUAUGACAGUGCCAAAGGCAGCUUGACAUUUGGCGGAAAGCUGGACGUUCCUAAGCAGGCGGCCCAGAAGGGCAUCAGCGCCAGGGAACGUUUCCAAAACCUGGACCGUCGGGCCUCAGAGACCCAGGGCACCGACAAAGACCUGAACACCCUCCAUAAGAACAGCAUCAGCCAAAUCUCAGUGCUGGCAGGAGGAAGAAACCAGUGCACCAAGUUCUGCACCACCGGCAUGGAUGGAGGAAUGGCCAUCUGGGAUGUCAAGAGUCUGGAGUCUGCGAUGAAGAACUUGAAGAUAGUCUGAACUGAAAUCGCCCAAAGUAUUGCAGCUUUUAGACAUAUGG